AUGGACGACCUUUCAACCGGUGCUGACGACAAUAUCACAAUAUCCCUGGCGGGAUCCCCGAGCGAUGCCCUAUUUGGACUGGACACUGCCGACUUUGAUCCCUCCCACGAGACAGAUCUUCGUGCCGAUGAGACCGAGGCGCAUGAGAAGGUUGCGGACGAGGACGAGGUUAUGCUUGACGACAGUAUAGCAGACGAAGAUAUGGAAGUCGCCCCGGUAGACGGCGUCUCGGUCCAGACAGAGGGUGACGACGCCGCUGCCGAGCCCGCAACUGGAGAGAUCGCAAAAACACCGCCCAGAACAGACUUUGGCGUCGAUGAACACAUUGCUUCCAUUGAGGCUGAUGAUACACACGAAAACGAGACGGCAAUAACGAGCGAACGGGUCGAUGGCUUCGCAAGUAUCAAGCCAGAAGAUGACAUAGAGCAGACGGUAUCGAGAUUUCGCCCCUGGAACUUCGAGAUAAUCCUACCGCACAUAUCCAUGGAGGAGCGCGCCAAGUACCUCUCAAUAAAGAGCGACGUCGUGGAUGAAGUUAUUGAAGAGGUACCUGGUGUCGAAGGCGAACUCUGGUACAGAGUCGAGCUCACUGAUGGACGACAAGAUACCAUUCCUUUCGACGAAUUGCUCGCGUAUGAAGGAGGCCAGUUAGCUCUUCAAACAUAUCAAGGCAUCAUGGCUCCAGACACCAGUCAAUGGCAAGACGAGUGGGAGGAGUCGAUCGCAGACUCUGACGCCGAUCUCGAUACAAAUGAGCUUGACGAAGAUGAAGCACCCCGUCAAUCUAAACGUCUACGAAGCUCGACAAAUCGCCGCACCCGCGAAGACUCCGAUUCCGACGAGGAUCUUCGGUCCCGCCGUUCCAAACGCCAGCGUACGUCUACAAGACCGAGCACGAGACACAGCUCAAAAGUGAUCUCAGACGAUGGGAUCGUUGACGAGGUUCCCCCACGAGGCCGGCAACUUAGAGAGCGGACUCAGAAACAGCUGAAAUUGACAAGCAUGGCCUUUGCCAGCAUGCCCUUGAGUCGGGACAAUGAUUUGGACGAGUUAUCUCAGGACCGCCCUCGCGAACAAUCUGACGACGAUGAUGACUUUCAAAUCAUCACCUCCGACCUUUUGCCAAAGCCCUCCUCGGCUAGGCGCAAGAAGUCACGGCGCCUUAGGGUCAAGGCAAAAACCAUCGAGCAACCCAGAUCUCGUGGCUCCUCAAUUGAGUUUGAGGAUCGUCGUCGGUCUGGCAGAUCCACGAGGAACAAGGGCAGCAUGCUUGAUCUUGCAUUGAUGGAUGAGGAAUCAUUCUACGUUGAAGAUACAGCACCCGUCAGCGUCCCGAAGGUCAUGAACAUCAAGGAAGUCUUCAAGCCAAUUGACCAUGACGCACCCUUCAAUCAAUAUCACUCCGACAUCUGCGCCACGUGCAAUACUGGUCCUGCUGCCAACAAAGGUCCCCUGAUUGGCUGUCAGGGCUGCUCCGUAUCAUUCCACAAAAGCUGUAUCGGCUACAGAUCUGCCAGAGAACACAUUGUCACCAAGGUCGGCGUGGACAAUUUUGUUCUACAGUGCAAGUUCUGCAUUGGAGUCUACGCCAAGAAGGACAGGAACAGCCCAAGACAUAGCCGGUGUCAAGAAUGCAAACUUUCCGGACGGUCAUGUGCGGCAUUUUCGUCCAAGAAAACCCCCAGACAAGAAGAGAAAAUUCGUCUCGAAAAUGGUGGUGAAGACCCUGUUACGGCAGUGGCUCCAUCAUUGGUCAAUAACGCCGACAACCUCUUAUUCCGCUGCACCAUGUGCAAGCGUGGCUGGCACUAUGAGCAUUUGCCAUCAUCACAAACGGACUCAGACGUGUCUGAUAUUCGCCAGCAGCGACUUGCUGAAUACUCUGUCGACUGGAAAUGUGUCGACUGCGGCACGGUAUCCGACAAGAUACAGACCUUGAUUGCCUGGCGGCCCCUGGGUAAAGCUUCACUCGAAUCCGGGAAGACCUACAGCGAUUUCAAUGAGGAUGAGAAAGAGUAUCUCAUCAAGUGGCAGGACAAGUCAUACUUCCAUUGUAGCUGGAUGCCUGGUGCAUGGCUCUUUCACAUUGCCGCGGGCGUGAUGCGCAACUCCUUUGCGAAGAAAGAUGCGGAUCAGAACUUGGCUUUGAAGUUUACCGAGGCCGAGGCAAUCCCCCAAGAUGCUCUCAUGGCCGAUGUCAUCUUUGAAGCCAAGGUGAAGGGAGGGAAAGCAAGAACGCUGGAAGAUGAGAUGGAGCGCAUUGAGAGCGUCGAUAAGAUCUUCGUGAAAUUCCAAGGUCUUGGCUACGACGAAACGGUAUGGGAUUCGCCGCCAAAGCCGGAUGCCGGCGAGAUUUACACAGCGUUCAAGGCCGCGUACUACGAAUAUCUCACUGGCAAGUACUUCACCAGCUCUACGAAUGCCAGAAUGAUAGAGCGCGUGAACAAUUGGAAGGACGAGGAAUUCGUCAAGUUGGCCCAGCAGCCCCCUGGUCUUCGCCGCGGCAAGCUGAUGGAAUACCAAAUUGAGGGCGUCAACUGGAUGCUAUGGAAUUAUCACAGUGAAAAGAACGCCAUUCUUGCCGAUGAGAUGGGACUGGGCAAAACGGUACAGGUCGUCGGCUUGAUCUCGACUCUGGUCCACGGCGACCCAAAGUGCUGGCCUUUCCUUGUUGUCGUUCCGAACUCAACCUGUCCAAAUUGGCGUCGCGAAAUCAAACAGUGGGCUCCAGACCUUCGAGUCGUCACUUACCAUGGUGGCAAGCAAGCGCAAGAGUUGGCGUACAAAUACGAGCUCUUUCCGCGCGGCUCCCAAGAUAUCAAGGCUCACGUUGUUGUCAUGUCAUAUGACUCUGCGCAAGACGAUCGCACGAAACAUCUCUUCCGUUCAGUUCAAUGGGCUGGCCUGGUAGUUGACGAGGGACAGCGAUUGAAGAACGACAAGAGUCUCUUGUACACGGCUCUGCGUUCCAUGCGCUUCCCCUUCCGACUCCUUCUCACGGGCACGCCACUGCAGAACAAUAAGCGGGAGCUUUUCAACUUGCUUCAAUUCAUCGACCCGACCCAGAAUGCUGCGAAACUCGACGAAGAAUUUCAGGAGCUCAAUGCGCAGAACCUCCCUGAAUUGCACGGUCGGAUCAAACAGUACUUUCUGCGGAGGACCAAAGCUCAGGUUCUCAAGUUUUUGCCUCCCAUGGCUCAAAUCAUCGUUCCCGUCUCUAUGUCGAUCCUACAAGAGAAGCUUUGCAAGUCAAUCAUCGCCAAGAGUCCCGAUCUGAUCAAGGCCAUCUUUGCAGACGACAAGGUCAACAAAAAAGACCGUGGCAGUCUGAACAAUAUUCUCAUGCAGCUACGGAAAUGUCUCUGCCAUCCGUUCAUGUACAGCGAAGCAGUCGAAGAGCGAACGGUUGACCAAACCCAGCUACACGAGAAUCUAAUUUCAGCGUCUGGGAAGUUGAUGCUUCUCAACAUCAUGUUGCCGAAGCUGAAAGAAAGAGGACACAGGGUUCUCAUCUUCAGCCAGUUCUUGAACCAAUUGGACAUCAUUGAAGAUUUCCUGAACGGUCUCGGCUUCCAGUAUCGACGACUUGACGGCAGUCUCAGCAGUCGGGAAAAGCAGAAGUACAUCGAUGACUACAAUGAGCCUGACUCUUCAGUCUUUGCAUUCCUUCUCUCCACAAGGGCUGGAGGCGUGGGUAUCAAUCUCGCGACUGCUGACACUGUCAUCAUCUUGGACCCUGAUUUCAAUCCCCAUCAAGAUAUCCAGGCUAUUUCGCGUGCUCACCGCAUCGGUCAGAAGCAUAAGGUGCUGUGCUUUCAACUCAUGACCAAGAAUUCAGCAGAGGAGAAGAUCAUGCAAAUUGGCCGCAAGAAGAUGGCUCUCGACCAUGUUCUGAUUGAAGCAAUGGACGAUGUGGGAGAGUCUGAAGACCUGGAGUCGAUCUUGAAAUUCGGUGCCUCGGCAUUAUUCAGCGAUGAUCAGAGCGAAAAGGACAUCGUCCGAUACGAUGAUGCCAGCGUUGACAAGCUCCUCGAUCGGUCAACUAUUGAGCAGACAAAGACUGGCGACGACGAUUCCGCUGAGUCGCAGUUCUCCUUCGCCCGUGUAUGGGACAAUGACAAAGACAGAUUCGAAGACAAUCUUGCUGAAGAAAAUGAGCCCACAGUCAAUCCUAACGUAUGGGAGGAGAUCUUGGCGGAGCGAGAAGCAGAAGCUAAACGCGUUGUCGAGUUAAACAAGGAAGUUCUUGGUCGAGGUGGUCGACGUCGUCAGGCAAUCAGCUACAAGAACAACGGCGGCACUGGCGUGGUUACUGACCUCCCCAUCAACAGCGACAGCUCCGAUAAUGACGGAGAAUUCGUCGGCGGAGAUGAGGAGGAGGAUCCUGAUACUGACAUGGAAAAUAGGGAUGACAGUUCCAAAGGUAAAGCUAGACCUUCAGCUUCUCGUUCAACUAAGAAAAUUACGCGUGGCGUGAAAAGAAAGCAAGUUGACACAUCCACACCACAGAAGAAGCGACAGCGCAAGACAUCCAAAACCGACAUCGUGCAAUACAAAAAGUCCAAAACGGUAACUCCACGCAAGCCGAGACAGACACCUCUAAAAAGAACCCCCAGCGCAUCGCGUCAGGCCAAGACGCCCUCCACAAGUGGAAAAUCAAUCCAAAUUGGCCUGGGUCAGGUCCAAACCCCAGACCAGACCACGGAGCAAUCCAACAAAACGGACGAAUCAACCCCGUCUACCUCAUCUAUCCACCUCCUCAGCCCAACCUUAACCCCAUCUAUCACCAGCCCGGAGCCCAGCUUUACCAACAACCCCCUCCCGCACCAGGAAGCCGUCCCAGUCGACCGAUGA